AUGAAGCCUCAAGACGUCGCUAUAUUGCUCAAUAUACCCCGGGUGAGCGUUUACCAAAUCGUACAACGCGCCAAAGAGCAUGGAUAUGAUCCUACAGUCAAUCCUCGUAUUGAGCAUGAGCACGUCGCUAAUAAUACGCGUAGUGGCCGCCCAAAAGUGGUUACUGAAGCUAUUGAGGCCUCAAUUAUUGCAAGUAUUACUAAGGAUAGGGCUGGUCGUGAGAAGUCUGCUGAAUAUCUCGCUUAUGAAGCCGCAGGCAAGGCUCGCAUUUGCUCUUGA